CUCAAAUGGAAUAGAACUCGGAGUUCUGCUCUCGCGUGGCCUGAGUAAACAAUAAAGUCAGCGAAGCGAAAAGUCCGAUUCAGGUUAAAUAAUUUACUAUUUAAAAUCUGAUGUUAAAGUUACAAAAACAAAUUAUACAAAAAUGAACAGAUUAAAUGAAACUAUAAAUUUUAUUUAAUACAUAAAUAUAUAAAGCUCAAACAAAUAAUUACUGCUCCAAUAGAGGGACAAAAACUUAAUUAUAGAAAAUUAAAUUAUUUAUAUAAGUACUAUAAAUUUAAUAGCCCUCAAUUUGUGACUGGUGAUGAAAGUGAAUAAAGUCUAGUGAAUUAAAUUUAUUCUGGCUCCUAAACAAGCUCAAUAAAAAUGGUUGAAAAGACCUCUUUGGCCCAACUGAAAAGUCUGGAAUGGGGGCGUCUCUUCAACAUGUUCUACAUAGAACCAGUUAUUUUCAUGUUAAUUUUCUCGCACAUGCUGUCAGGCACUGUUAUGCGGAAUCAGUUGAUAUAUCAGACCUGUACGGUGAUCUUUGAAUAUAAUGAAACCGACUGUAAGCUUUUGGACAGCAAAAACACAACCGCAGAUAUACAGGCAAUUGAGACGCAGCUGCAGUCAUAUGUGGCUAAUAUGUUCCUAACCCGAACCCUUUUCGAAAGUAUUGUCCCUGCCAUUUGUGGCUUAUUUAUUGGUUCUUGGUCGGAUCAUUAUGGACGCAAGCCCCUGUUGAUUGUCUCCAUGGUUGGCUUUUCUGCUUCUGCUCUGCUCUCCUCCGCCAUUUGCUGGCUGUCCAGUUACUAUAUGGUUAAUCCCUGGUGGUACACCUUGGCAGCUCUGCCACACUCUCUGCUCGGCGGCUUAUGUGUCUUUUCGGUGGCUGCCUUUUGCUUUAUUACGGACACGACGGACAUGAAGACAAGACCCUACAGAAUGAUUUUUAUGGAGUUAAUUCUUUUUGUAGCCCUCACCAGUGGCUCAUUACUGUCCAGUUUCGUUUAUGCGGCCACAAGUGCUGCCUUCGUACAGAGUCUAUCCUGCUUGAUCGUCAUAUCGGCCACACUUUUCGUUAUUUUCUAUUUACCCGAAAGUUUGGGAAUGUGUCCGGAUUUGGAGGAAACUGCCGAAAAAGAAAAGGAAAUUGUUAUAACUGUUUCAGAUCAGAAAGUGGUCGAUGUUUCCACUGAUUCCCUGGAGAAGCGAGUUGAUCCGCCCAAAUAUGAGACUAUAGAUAAACCUCCAAUUGAGGACAAAAACGACAAAGCUGGUUUGUUCAGUGUGAAACACGUUAAAGAUAUGUUUACCACGUGCUUUAAAAGGAGGGAAAACAAUGCCCACACUAUCAUUUGGUUGGUCACUUUGGCCGGCUUUGUUUCGAUUUUUGUUGCCGAUGGCGUCAUGACUGUGAUGUAUUUAUUUGUACGCCAACAAUUUCACCUGACAGUGCGUGAGUUUACUAUUUUUGAGACAGUCAGUCAAUCGGUUCCCAUGCUGGGAGCUCUUUUGGGUAUUCUUAUUUUGAGAAAGCUUUUCGGGCUGUCUGUGGUGUCAUUGGCAUUGCUGUCGCUAAUUUCUGAGAUCCUUAGCAAUAUUGCCAGAGGUUUUGCUUCCUUAACCUGGCACUUGUAUCUCUCUGUUGCUUUGGGCGUCUUUCGCUCUAUCCAGGGCCCCAUGUGUCGCACAAUUGUCUCGAAUAUAGUUCCAUCUUCCGAUACGGGUAAACUGUUUGCAAUUGGCAACAUUGUACAAUCGUUCGCCCCCUUCGUCGCCGCUCCUCUUUAUACUGCCAUCUAUAAGAGUUCCCUGGCCAGCAAUCCUGGAGGAUUUAAUUUCCUUAGCGCCGCCUUCUACUUAAUAGCAUUUAUCCUCAUUGGCUGUGUGAUGCGAAUUAAAUUCAAGCACCGAAAGUUCUACGCCAAGACGCUCAAGUAGCCAAAAUCAACUGAAUUUCCAUCAAUAUUGAUUGUGGCAAGUUUGGCAACUUUUCGGAGCUUUGUUUACGCUCAAGUCGAAAACUUUGUGUGGACAGCAUUAAAUAACUGGAUUUAUGUGAA